AUGACCAAACUGUGGAUCGUCGUGCUGAUCGUUCUUGCCGUUUCCGUGGAUUGUGGUAGCGUCGUGCCUAGUCCGGUGGAGAUUCUGAGGAAACCGGGCGUGACGGCUUCCGCAGUUUGUAAGAUUUGCGUAGCCGGCGUUACCAAACUCAAUCAACUCAUGUUCGAGGCGAAGAAGCGGGACCUGAAGAUUGCCGACAUGGACACGACGACGUUGAAGAGUGUAGGUUUUUUGAUAUUUCAUAUUGAUGUAGACGAAUUUUUAUUAUUUAAGUUGGCAUCUCGUAUAUUUUUUAUCUUUUACUAUCUACUAUCACUAAAUUUAAACAAAAUAUUAUCUGGCUACAAGAAUAUAUUGUUAUCGUAAGGUCAUCUGGCUAUUAAUGCACUUAUAAGAAUUUCAUAUGAUCACAGAAAUAAUAUGUCAUCAUAAUGUUAUCUGGUCAAAAAAAUCAGUGUACUAUCAUAAGGGCAACUGUUAACUCAUUUACUAGCCAAUUCUAGUCAUAAACAACACAAAACAUGGUCAUAUUAGUCUUUAAAAAGUCUUGUCGUUAAAAUACAUGCAUUUACACGAUCAAAAACGACAAAAGUUCCGUUGCUCAAAGAUGUUUAUUAUAAGAGAAGUUAUGUUUAUGAAGUAUAACAUAUUAUUUUAUAUGGAAUACUUGAUAAAGACAUUUCUUCCUAUACUGAACAUAUGUAAGCGUUGAGAAAGUUUUGUCGUUUUUGCUAACUUUGACGACAAGACUACUAGUAUGACCAUUUUUUGUGUUGUUUAUGACGAGAAUUGGGUAUUAAAGGGGUUAAAAGUUGUCAUUGUGGUAGUACGUUGAUUUUGUGACUAGUUGACGUAGUGAUAACAUUAUUUCUGUGAGCAGAUGACAUUUUGUUGUAAUUGAAUUAAUAGCUAGAUGACGUUACGUUAUAUUCUUGUGGUCAGAUGGUAUUUUGUUGAAAUGUUGUGAUAAUAGAUAUAUAUUAAUAUUAUUGAUCGUAUUUUGCUUUAGCCAGGAACGUCGCUACAGGUUUUUCUAGGGGCGACGUCUCUGUCUUUAGCAUCUAGAUCUACUAUCAUACCAACGGUCUUUAGUAUCUAGAUGAACUUAUGACAAUAUAUUGUUUUAGUGGCUGGCAGAAUGUCUGGAAAACAACAACGACAAAUCCAAGUGCGACAUGUUGCGCGACGGCGUGAAGGCUGCGGAAGACGCGGAAACUCACGACAACCUGAUUGAUCAUAACAUCAUGUGCAAGACUUCAUGCCAUCCACCAACUCGUUCUUAA